AUGGCCAACGACAAGCUUCCAGUCACCAAGCUCGCGCCGGUCGACUCACGGCAAGCCCUCGCCGGUCACGUCGGUCACCUCACGCCAGACCAGCAAGCCGCACUCGACACCUUCAAGGACCGCCUGCAACAGAAGGGCUACUUCACGCCGGCCAACGGCGCAGCCAAAGCCUCGCACGACGAUGUCACCCUCACCCGGUUCCUGCGCGCACGGUCGUUCGACGUCCCGGGCGCGUUCAAGCAGUUCACGACGGCCGAGGACUGGCGCCGCAACGAGCACGUCGACCAGUUGUACGACGAGUUCGACGUCGACGAGUUCCAGCUCGCGCGCGAGCUGUACCCGCAGUUCACCGGCCGCCGCGACAAGCAGGGCCUGCCCGUGUACGUGUACGAGGUCGGCGCCCUCGACAAGAAGAAGACGGACGCGUACGCCAAGGACACGGCCAGGCUCGAGCCGAGGAUGAUUGCCCUGUACGAGCACAUGGUCCAGUUUGUCCUGCCCUUUGCGUCGUCGGUCCCGCACGAGCACCCAGAGACGCCCAUCUCGGGCUGCUCAACCAUCGUCGACGUGUCCAACGUGUCGCUCCUGCGCUUCUGGGCCCUCAAGGGCCACAUGCAGCGCGCGUCGGUCCUCGCCACGGCGCGCUACGCCGAGACGCUUGGCUCGAUCUACCUCGUCGGCGCCCCCUCGUUCUUCUCGACCGUGUGGGGCUGGGUCAAGGGGUGGUUCGACCCGGGCACGGUCGACAAGAUCAACAUCCUCGCGCCGGCGACUCAGACGCAGGACCUCGCGGCGCGCAUCCCGCUCGACUCGAUCCCGCGCAAGUACGGCGGCACCCUCGACUGGGCGUACGGCGCGCCGGGACCGGUCCUCGACGACGACGCGCGGCGGACGCUCGGCGCGAGGGAGGGCGAGGACCUCGGCCCGCUCUUGAGCGCGCCCGUGCGGUGGGUCGACGGGAGGCUCGUCGUCAAGGGCACGGGCAGGAGCGAGGCUGUGCUCGAGCGGUGGCAGGACGGCGGGCGGGCCGGCGAGGCGGCGGCGGCGGCGGCGAGCGCAAACGGGCACGCCGAGGGCCGUGCGCAAGAGCAGGAGCAGGACCGGGCAGCAGAGCGGGCGCAGGAGGUUGAGCAGGAGGAGCCCGUUGCGGAGCAGGCGGCACGAGAGCCCGAAGCGCAGGCCGCGUCGGCAGCGCCCUCGGCCGGUUCCUCCUCGACGCCUUCUCCCGUUCCCGCCUCGGCGUUCACCGCUGCGUCGACCUCGUCGACCUCGACGGCGCCGACCACCUCGCCUGCGACCCCUCGCACCGACGCCGCCUUGUCCCCCUCUGCACCCGCACCCGAACCCGCCGCACCGACCUCUUCCUCCCUCCCCCCGCCCAUCCUCGGCGUCGGCUACUCGAACGCGCCCUCGUCCACCGCGACCACCGACUCGACCCAUCCCACACCUGCACCUGCUGCGCCCGACGGCGAGCACGACAUCCACGCUGCCGCGCGCGAGCACCCGGCGGCGCCCGUCAAGGACCUCGCGGCGGCGCUCGAGGGCACGACGCUCUGA